CUCGACGACAUGGUUGAUUUACUCAGCGUGGCGCCGUGCCAGAUUGAACAACGUUAAGGUACUCUGGGUUUACUUCCAACAUGCACGGUUUGAUGGUCAAAAUGCAAUGUUCAAAUUAUUUUGGCUCGGUCUUCAAUGGACCCCUCCACGACAAAUCCGACCGUUGAUGCCCCUCGACGAUCUAUACCGAAACGCACUUCCGGGCCACCCAAAUGACGCCUGGGGCGUUUCAAAAAGCCCAGAGGGGUGCUGCCGGGGAUUUCAGAAUCCUCCCUGAACCUCCCUUUGCCGUUAUUCGCCCAAUCUCCGCUGCAGUUGCCGUUGAGACUUCCCAAGGGGGAAUCUCCGCCCCAAGUUGGAAUGGGUGCUGGGGCUCCCUCAUUACCAAGCACCCAAGGUAUUUGCUUGCUGCUGGCAGCCGCCCGGGCCACCGGCGCGGGACGUCGAGCUCGUCGUCCAUACAGAGCCUGCUCCGGCCGCGGCAGUCGUGGCUGCGGUUCCUGCGGCCGCUGCUGCCGAGCUUCGUGGCGGACGCCGUGUUCCCGGACCACCACCGGCCGGCGGCGCCGUGGCGGGUGCAUGCGACGUCGUACCUGGACGGGCUGCGCGGCGUGGCCGCCGUGCUGGUCUUCUUCUGCCACUACACCGAGAACAACUUCCGGGCGCUGACGCCGUCGUACGGCCUCGGGCUCGAGCCCGACCCGGCCCUCCGCCGCGUCGCCAGCGCCGACGCCUGGGUCCAGCUGCCCUUCCUCCGCGUCCUCUUCUCCGGCCGCCCCAUGGUCCACAUCUUCUUCGUCAUCUCGGGCUUCGUCCUGUCGUACAAGCCCGUCCGCGCCCUCCACGCCCGCGACACCGACCGCUGCUACGCCGCCCUGGCGUCCUCCACCUUCCGCCGCGCCUUCCGCCUGUUCGGGCCCUGCGUCGUCUCGACCUUCAUGGUCAUGUGCCUGCGCCAGAUGGGCUACCUGACCCCCGCCAAGGAGACGCUCGCGGAAGAGUUCUGGAAGUGGAAGGACGCCGUCUUCCACCAGAUCACCUGGCCGUGGGCCUGGGACCGCGACCUGCUGCCGGCCUACGACAUCCACCUGUGGACGAUCCCCAUCGAGUUCGCCCACUCCAUGCUGCUGUUCAUGGUGCUGCUGAUGCUGUCGCGCGUGCGGCUGCGCGUGCGCAUGGCCACCGUCUUCGGCCUGAUGGGCUACUGCCUGGCCUGCGGCAAGUGGGCCGCGUUCGAGUUCCUCGCGGGCCUGUUCCUCGCCGAGGUGUACGGGGAGGACCCGGACGGGCACCGCGCGCGGGGAUCGACCAACUGGCCGCUCAAGAUCUUCCACACCUGCCUCGUGCUGCUGGCGCUGUUCAUCGCGGGCUGGCCGAACCGCGACGCCGAGGAGACGCCCGGCAUCCGCUACCUCCUCGACCAGACGCCGUUCCCCUUCGCCACCAUGGACCGCCUGGCGCCGCAGAAGUUUUGGUUCGGCCUGUCGGCGGUGGCCAUGGUGUGGGCGGUCGGGGAGCUGGGCUUCCUGCGGCGCUUCUUCGAGAGCCCCUUCGCCCAGUACUGCGGCCGCAUCAGCUAUGCCGUGUAUAUCUGCCACGGGCCCGUCGAGGGGCUGUUUAAGGAGCGGCUGAUCGGGCAUCCGCCGAUUCCGGCUAGCGGGGAGCCCGGCGCGCCGGACUAUGAGCCGGCCCUGCCCGCGAUGGGGAUCAAGGGGCUUAUCGGGGACGAGACCACGGCGCAGGUCACGAUUGGUUGGAUUUUGGGCAUGUGGCUCCUCGGGCCCUUCGUGAUUUGGGCGGCCGACCUGUUUUGGCGGGGUGUUGACAGCCAGAUAGUUACUCUGGCGAGGAAGUUGGAAACGGCGUGUUUAGACGAUACGGAACCGAGUCCCAGGAUUCAGGGGUAUUCGGUAGCGGCAUGACAUUGAGUGUCUGUCUGUCUUUGAGUUUUGGAGUACUUGAGUUUGUAUUACUGGACAUUAGCGGGCUUGUAUACCCAGGUCAUAGAAGCAUAUAUAGCAUAUAGCUGUAAUAUUGUAUCAUAUUCCUCAGGCUUAUGCCAAGGUUGCUGC